UCUCUCUUUACAACUUCUCCGUAUUGGUCUCGCGUUUUAUAGCGGCAGCGACGCAACGAAGAGUCUCUAUUCAAAUUGUUCUUUUACUCUUCUAAUUUAUCGUUCGAUUCUAUCAAACUACGCGUGAAUCCACACUCGUAUGAUCCUUUGGAUUUCUCUUCUCGGUUUCUCGAUCUUGAUCAGUCCGUCCAUCCAUUGAUCUUUCGAGGAGCGUCGUCGUUUCUUCUGUUCUUCGUUUGGCGGAUUUGGUUUAUAAAGUAUUUUUGGUUUCAGUUGGAAGAUAUUUGAUGAGGAGAUUUUGAGGUCUGAUUGUGUUUGGUGAUUGAAAUGAUGUUGACUUUGAAGGUCUCGUUGUGACUUUGUAAGUGGUUGGUACACGCCAACAGAAGCAAGAGAUGACGCUUUACAUUGGUCGCGAGGCUUCGAAGCUAUGGAAGAGAAUUUGUGCGGAGACAACCACAGAGAUCAACCUUCUUUUGGAGAAUUGGAAAUACCUUCUUGCCGGUUUAGUUUUGCAGUAUAUACAUGGUUUGGCUGCCCGAGGAGUUCAUUAUCUACACCGGCCAGGGCCAUUACUGCAGGAUGUUGGCUUCUUUCUUCUUCCGGAGCUUGGAGAAGACAAGGGCUACAUCAGUGAGACACUCUUCACCUCUGUUUUUAUAUCCUUUGUCUUGUGGACUUUCCAUCCGUUCAUCUUAAAGAGCAAAAGGAUCUACACGGUUCUGAUUUGGUGCAGGGUUCUAUCAUUUUUAGUUGCUUGUCAAAUUCUGCGGAUCAUAACUUUCUACUCUACUCAGCUUCCUGGCCCAAAUUACCAUUGCCGUGAGGGUUCUAAACUUGCCAGGCUGCCUCACCCACAAAGUGUACUUGAAUUACUUCUAAUUAAUUCUCAUGGCAUUGUAUAUGGUUGUGGGGAUUUGAUUUUUUCCUCCCACAUGAUCUUCAUUCUAGUCUUUGUGCUUACAUACAAUAAAUAUGGUACAAAAAGGUGUAUAAAGCAGCUUGGUUGGUUGAUUGCUAUGACUCAGAGCCUGUUGAUUGUGGCAUCCCGCAAGCAUUACACUGUUGAUGUUGUUGUUGCAUGGUACACUGUCAACCUAGUAGUAUUUUUCAUAGACAACAAAUUAGGAGAGCUACCUGACAGAACCAGUGGAGCUGGAACCCUUUUGCUACCUUUAAGCACUAAGGACAAGGAUACCAGGACCAAAGAAGAGAAUCAUAAACUUUUAAACGGCAACUCCGUAGACCCUUCCGAUUGGAGGCCGAGAACACAGGUCAAUGGAAAAAUUGUGGAAGAUGGUAAUCCGAUCCAUGCUGAUACUGCGAAGAAUGGAGCAUAGACAAUGAGUUACUGCCACUUGUACAACUAUUGCCAGGAAUGCUGCCUUCUGUCUUAAUAUUGGCUCCUAUUUCCAAGACUACUGGUAAAUCUAAUCUGUUGUAUUCUACAGUUCAUGGAAUUGAGUUUAUGCCUUGGUAAACUUUGUAGUCUUGUUCUGUGGUAGCUAGUUGAGAUUCAUUUCUUGUGUGAUUUGGUCUGUAGUUGUUAGGUAAUGGUUGAAAAAGAAAAAAAAAAUGUGGAUGUGGAGAGGACUGGAAAAGCAGACAAUAUUGGAAUGAACGGGACUGGGGGAAAAAAACCACAUGAAAUGAUUACUUAUGAAUAGUUACUUUUGAAUCUGGUUUAGGUAGUAGGGGGUUGCGAUGGUGGUGUAAAUGUGUCAAGGGCUGAUUCAUGCCAUCAUUAGUUUACUAACAUGUGCGAGCACGUGGUGUUGCAUGUGCUAAGUUCAAGCAUAUGCUACUCUAGUACUCCUGCGCACAUGUUUUUAUAUUUAUUUAA